CACACUCCAUGACCUCUCUGUCUCAGUUUCCUCGUCUAUAAAAUGGGGAUAACAAUAGUCCCUACUUCACAGGGCUGUGAGGAUCAAAUGAAAUACGUAUAAAGCGCUGUGGAAAUGUAAAAAUGACAGCACCUUCCAUGAAAGAGAGGCAAGUUUGCUGGGGAGCUCGUGAUGACUACUGGAAGUGCUUGGAUGAAAAUACCGAUGAUGCCUCUAAGUGUAAAAAGUUUAGAAGCAUUUUUGAGUCAAGCUGCCCCCAACAGUGGAUUAAAUACUUUGAUAAAAGAAGAGAUUACUUAAAGUUCAAAGAAAAGUUUGAAGCGGGACAAUUUGAGCCUUCAGAAAGAACAGCAACAUCAUAGCUCUUUGUUUAAAAAAAUUUUUUUUUUUAACAAUACUGAGACUUCUUUGUGGACAUCAUUAAAUAUUCCUUUGAAUACCAGACUGCCUGAAUUAUGAAGUAUGACAGAUCGGACUCACUGUCAGCACAGCUCUCCUGCUCUCAACAGUACUAGAAAUGAUCAAGAAUCCAACAGGGUUAGAAUAUCUGAUUCAUCCAGUGAAUAACUUGAAUAAAGUGGUAUAGAACACCUAA